GCAGGAAGGGCUCUGUGUGCGGACCACAGAGGUCAGCCAUAGGUCUGCGCUCUCUACUCUGUGGAGUGCCAUUAAGAGGAAUUUGUACUCAUCCCAACUGGAGGGCUUCUGUCUGUUUGCCUUUUUUCUUGAACUACUCUGGUUUAUCAUUGUAUUAUUUAUUUUACGGUUAAACUAUAAACCCGAGUUGCAUCACCGGAUUUCUGCCCCACGAACCCUCCUCCCUGUAGACUUGAUGGCGUUUUGUCCUUGGGCAUCAGCGGCCACCCUGGGGCCAAAAGACAUGGAGAACAGCACUUUGACAGGGAAUGAAAGCUACUGGUUGACUUUAAAACACCUGGGCUUUACAAAUUUGAAGGCAUCCCAGAGUGGGGCACAAUGUCAACAGCCGGAGUUGCUGCUCAGGAUAUUCGAGUCCCAUUAAAAACUGGAUUUCUCCAUAAUGGUCAGGCCUUGGGGAAUAUGAAGUCCUGCUGGGGCAGUCACAGUGAGUUUGAAAAUAACUUUUUAAAUAUUGAUCCAAUAACCAUGGCCUACAAUCUGAACUCCCCUGCUCAGGAGCACCUAACAACUCUUGGAUGUGCUGCUCGGUCUGCUCCAGGGAGCGGCCACUUCUUUGCAGAGCGUGGUCCAUCUCCAAGGUCAAGCUUGCCCCCUCUUGUUAUAUCACCAAGUGAAAGCUCGGGACAGCGUGAAGAGGAUCAAGUUAUGUGUGGUUUUAAGAAACUCUCAGUGAAUGGGGUCUGCACUUCCACACCUCCACUUACACCCAUUAAAAGCUGCCCUUCCCCUUUCCCCUGUGCGGCUCUGUGUGAUCGGGGUUCUCGGCCGCUCCCGCCACUGCCCAUCUCUGAAGACCGAUCUGUGGAUGAGGCCGACAGUGAGGUAGAGCUUCUAACCAGCUCAGAUACAGACGGGCUCUUAGAAGAAGACUGUGCACCUUCAGAUUUCAAAUAUGACGUUCCUGGCAGGCGCAGCUUCCGUGGCUGUGGCCAGAUCAACUAUGCAUAUUUUGACAGCCCAACUGUUUCUGUGGCAGAUCUUAGCUGUGCAUCUGACCAGAACAGAGUUGUUCCAGACCCAAACCCUCCCCCACCUCAAAGCCAUCGCAGAUUAAGGAGGUCUCACUCAGGACCAGCUGGGUCAUUUAACAAGCCAGCCAUUCGGAUAUCUAGCUGCACACACAGAGCUUCUCCUAGCUCUGAUGAAGACAAGCCUGAGAUCCCUCCCAGGGUUCCUAUACCUCCUAGGCCAGCAAAGCCAGACUAUAGAAGGUGGUCAGCAGAAGUGACCUCCAACACCUACAGUGAUGAAGAUAGGCCUCCCAAAGUUCCCCCGAGAGAACCUUUGUCUCGGAGUAACUCCCGUACCCCAAGUCCUAAAAGCCUUCCGUCUUACCUCAAUGGGGUCAUGCCCCCAACACAGAGCUUUGCUCCUGACCCCAAGUAUGUCAGCAGCAAAGCCCUGCAGAGACAGAGCAGCGAGGGAUCUGCCAACAAGGUUCCUUGCAUCCUGCCCAUUAUUGAAAAUGGGAAGAAGGUUAGCUCAACGCAUUAUUACUUACUACCUGAGAGGCCGCCGUACCUGGACAAAUAUGAAAAGUAUUUUAAGGAAGCAGAAGAAGCAAACCCAAGCACCCAAAUUCAGCCAUUACCUGCUGCCUGUGGUAUGGCCUCUGCCACAGAAAAGCUGGCCUCCAGAAUGAAAAUAGAUGUGGGUAGCCACGGGAAGCGCAAACACUUAUCCUACGUGGUUUCUCCAUAAAUAUGGGGUCAUGCUUCAACAGAAGUUACAUGGAACGAAUGGCUCCCGGUUUUCCAGUUUGAGGUUCAUAGAACAAUGUCAAGUGGCAAAAUGAAGUUGGUGGACUCCGCCUUAAUGAGAAAGGCUUAGAGCAGAGUUAUGAGGUGCUGUAAUGCUGGGAGUCCCUGAUCUAUCAGCAUAGGAGAAAAAAGGAUGAUUUAAAGAUGUGCUAGGGGGAGGGAAGAAUGGGCAACUUUUACAUUUGACUACAUUAUAUACCUAUGUAUAAAAGUGCGGUGUAACCAUAGACCAUAGCUGCAGGAUAACCAAUUAGUCACUCUUAGAGUAAUCUGUAUUCAGAACAAUUCAAACAAGCUGGAGGAACAGCUCCUGAUAGUGUGAAAAUUGAGCAAAUGGGAGAAAGCAGUAUUGUUAGAUCAGAUUAUAAAUUUUUUAAGUUUAAAGAUUCCUGGCAUACAGGCCUGCUCUAAAAAUUUGUUUUCCCCUUCCCUGCCAGCAGUCUUCUCCAUACACGACAGGGCGUGUUCUCCGCCAGGCCUGUAACAUCUUGUUGAGAUCAUUCUAUGGCCCAAUACUUGUCGCUCUGGGGUUUUGUCUUGUUGAGGAGAGGACGGCAGUUUCUGGACCAUGUUAUCACCUGUGUGUGUCUCAUAUCUUGGAAAUUGACAGAUUUGGUGAAUAACUUUUCCAUGCUAUUCCUGAAACAGUCUGUUGUAGCAAGAGGCUUUCAAGAGUGCAGUGGAGUUGUGCUGGCCAUCAGUGUUUGGGGUACGAGCUUGAUAGACUAGUGCAGCGAUUAGCCAUGAUUGAGAGUUACUUUGGGGAUGUAUGGUACGUUGUUUUUGUUUUUUAGACUUAAUAAAGUACAACACGAGCUGGUCUUGUGUUGCUGGUUCCUAUUCAGUAUUUCCUGGGGAUUGUUUGCUUUUUAAGUGAAACACUUCUGACCAAUAGCACAGAACGUCUUAAUGCCAGAGGUCACUUCAGCAUCUUCCUGCUUUGAAAACUCACGCUGGCUGCUUCACUGCCCUGAGAUUCAGUGAGACACGCAGUUUGUGUUCAGUUUUUACAUCCUCUGAUUGUUUAUCUUGUACAGAUAAACACAAAGAGAAGGUGCUUGCUAGCAGGGACACUGCUGCCAUGUCCCAACAAGCUGUUCAGUUUAAACUGCUGAAUGACAUUAUUUGAGCUAUUUAAAGCUUACUUUAGUAUGAACUAAAUGAAGGUUAAAACAUGCUUUAGAAAAAUGCACUGAUCUCCGCACUGUGUGUACAGUAUUGGACAAAGGAUUUAUUCAUUUUGUUGCAUUAUUUUGAAUAUUGUCUUUUCAUUUUAAUAAAGUUAUAUUACUUAUUUAUGACACCGUUAA